AUGACGUCGACUCUAGUUCUUGUGCUAGUUUCGGUAUACCUCGUCACGGUGCAAGCCUUCUCCGGAAACCCGACUCCGUCCACGGUUCCGCCUCCAAGAGAGUGGCAGUUUCACGUGGCCCCCAUGCAAUGCUACACGCACGCUCCACUGCGACAGUUGUACCGUACUCUGUCCGCCAAUGCGACGCUCUGGACGGAAAUGGAAAAGGUGGAGGAUUUGCUAGCAACGGGAUCAAAGGGGCUCGAGCGACGCUUUGGCCGCUACUGGACCAACCGUAACACGCACGCAUCAUCGUCCCAACCGGAGAACCUUGUCUUACAAAUAGGAGGCAACCAACCAGACAAGCUCCGAGAAUGCUUGUUGCGUCUAUCCGCACAGAGUCAGGACCAAGACGCCUUUCCCUUUACGCAAGUCAAUCUCAACUGCGGCUGUCCCGGGAUCGAAGCGGGAGGAGCAACCACGUACGGGGCCUCGCUCAUGAAACAGCCCGAUUACACGGGGACGCUCUUGCAGACGAUGAGGGACGUCCUGCCCUCGACUACAAAAGUUUCACUUAAAUGCCGCAUCGGGGUUGUCGAUACACCGGCCGACUUGUCUUUAAGGACUGAGGCCACACGUUCCGGUGGUGAUGCGGUGCACGACACUACCACCGUGGCCUCAUACCAAGCCUUGCAUCGAUACGUUAGUAUCGCGCGCGACGCUGGUGUGUCCCACGUUAUUCUGCACGCGCGAGUGGCCGUAUUAACCGGUCUCAGUCCCAGCAAGAAUCGCAUCGUGCCAUCGUUGGAUUACCGCAUGGUCGAGCGCAUCGCCACCGACUUUCCCGAUCUCCGUGUGACCUUGAACGGUGGUAUCCGAAACCUUGGUGAUCUCCAGCGUUUGCGGCGGUUCACUUCAUCGCCAACGACUAAGACCACGUGCACGCCCCCCGUUCUCCCGGAGAACAGUCUCGUUGCGUCGCACAUGGCCGGACGGUGGAUGUUGCGACGUCCACUGGAUCUGGCGGCUGUGCAAGACUAUUUCGACGCGGAAGCGUCGGACGAAGGGGAUGGAAAGCCCGGGAAGCAUAUUGGUGCGGUCGCGGCCCAGGCCUUGGAACGAUAUGUGGAUUACGUCACGAAAGAAACACGCGAUGCUUCGUCCGCACAGCCGUUAGCCGACCUUUGCCUGCCGCUCUAUCUCGUCACCGAGCAAUUGCGGGAAGAGUAUGAUGCACUCGUGUACGGAGAAACCGACGGCAUGCCAAACCAAUGGGACCCGCAGGCGUCGUCGCCAGCUGUGCCGUUCUGGUCGGAGGACGAAAUGGUAACCAUGUACAAUGUCCUGGUUGGCGCGAUGGACGAGAUGAAAGCGCACACCGGAAAGAAACGCUCCCAACGAUCGUCGUCGACCAGUUCAACUUUUGUGAAUUUUAAAAGGCUGUCGUCGUCUUUCAAAGGACUAGUGGGCACCAAGGUUGUCAACAAAUGGAAGCGCAACCGUGCCGAACUGUAA